AUGUUACAUAUAUGGUGUCUAGUAAUGCUGGUUGGUACCAGUGCACCGAUCCAGAUAUCUGCAACACACUUCUCUUCGGUUGAAACAAUUAAGCAGUGGAACCUGCUAAAUUACAACUUUCCUUGGGACUACCCAGUGUCGAACAAAGACGUUUUCAAUCCGGAAAAUGUGGUAGCUACCGGGAUCGAGGUUGGGUAUAAUCGUAUCUUCAUCGCAACACCACGAUUGUUUUCUGGAGUGCCUGCAACACUUUCUUCCAUUCCACGAGGAAGCCACGGGGACUCUCCUACACUGCAAGCAUACCCCUCAUGGAACCACCAUCGGGCCGGUACUAACGAGUAUAAUUGCUCGGACAUUGGCCUUGUAUCAGUCUACCGGAUUCGAAUCGACUCUUGCAACCGACUGUGGGCACUGGAUGCAGGCGUUUCACGCUCGCUAGAAGACUUCGACAUCACUUGCCCUCCAAAAAUACUUGUAUACGAUCUGCACACCGACCAAGUGGUGAGGAGGAUCGAUUUUCCCCCAGAAGUGGUUCGUGGAGAGUCGCUCUUUACAAACAUUAUUGUCGAUGAGACUACGUCGCGGUCAGAUCGCCAUUGCGACGAUGUGUUCGUCUACAUUACUGAUACAGUUGCGCCUGGCAUCGUAGUGUACGAUAGCGGAAAGGAUCUUACCUGGCGCCUGUCUCACCCAGCCAUGUAUCCAGACCCCGAUUUCGCCGAGUCGAGAAUUCUCGAACAUCGAUUCACUCUUAUGGACGGUGUGGUUGGGCUGGCAUUCGACCCAGAAACUAGUAUUCUAUACUUUCAACCGCUAGCAACAGAUCGGCUAUUCUCGGUCGGUACCGAUGCUUUGCGUGCUGGACCACUGCCGUUUGGAAAAGAUUUACCCGUAAAGCUGGUCGGGCGAAAAUCGUCGCAAGGUAUCGGUCUUGCAGUAGCACCACAUGGUGGAACUAUAUAUUACUCGCCUUUAUCAGAAACAGCUGUUGCUUCUUGGAAUCCGAGAUCAAACGAGCACAGUAUUCUCGCCCAAGAUCAGCAGAAAAUUCAAUUUGCUGCGGAUCUUCGAACACCUGAUCGUGACAAUACUGCUCUAUACGUGCUAACAUCGAAAUUCCAUCGCUUUUUCUUGAAAAAUCUCGAUUCCAAAGAGUUCAAUACCCGUAUUUUACGAAUCGAUGGUGUUGUCAAGCCAAACGCACCCGAGCGCCUAACUGCAAUCUCUUCUCAUGCACAUCGUUUCGCACCACCUAGGACUACCUACGAAAGAAUUCAGAAUUCCAACCUGUACAAACCACCAUCCGCUACAUUGGGUCCAUACGAAAAAUCCCUACCAAUUAGUUCCUCACUAUCUUCGGAUGGUGUCAAAUCGUACUCCUCAUUUGUACAAAACUUCUACGGCAAAUAUUCUCAACCAUAUAUUUACGAGCCGGUUCCUAUGAUUGACAGUAGCAAACCCAUUAAUCCAUUCUUCAUGCUAAAUAGUGGUGAGAAAACGUUUCCACCCCCUAACGUAGCAAGACCGCAGUUUGGUUUGAACGGAGAGAUUUUCAUACCGAAAAUCAAUCCUCACUUCAAUGAUUUCAACGGAUUGCGAUUUCCAAAAAGUCUGAAUCUCAAUCAUACUGCAGUGAUGCAUUGA